UUUAUUUCCAAACAUGGAUCCUUUUAAUGCUAUUCCCCAAAAGCUUCAAUGUAGUGACCCUGCAUGCAAGAAACACAGAGUGUACUUCUGUAAAUCCCAUCAGAUGCAAACAUGCAAGAGCUGAGCUAACAAGAUGCACUUCAAAUGCCAGCUGGAUAUCAUCCACGAUCUGACUGACCUCAAGAUCGAUGUGAUCGAAGUCAAGAGAUUUGUGAAGAGACUGUUCGAGCUCAUAGCUGAGAAUGGUCUGAGAAGAUACAGUCCCAACAUUGACAGUGAACUCAAAGAUUUUAAGGAUAGCCUCGUUGAGAUCGAGAACAAAAUAAAAGAUGCAAUUACUCACGACCACUUCGAACAAUUUGACACUCUCCAGUCUGAGAUCAAACAGGUCCAAACUCAGAUGGACGAUAGCAAAGUCGUCAAAGAUAUUUUGUACUUGUCAACAUUCAGGGACGUCAGCAUGUACAGCCUACCCAAGAUCGGUGGUGAUUUAUCAUCUGCCACCAAGGUCAAAGAGAAGAUCGAUGCUGUGGUCAAAGAAAAUGUGGAGCUGAUGGAGAAGAAGUUCAGCUCCAAAUCAAGACAAUUUGAGCAACAGUGUAAAGAUAGGCUCACCGAGGAGUUCAAAGACGAGAUCCAGAACUUGAAGCAUAUGAAUGAUGCUAAGGAUACAGAGCUUGAGGAACAGAAAGAAGCCACAGAGCAAGCACUUCAAGAUACCGAAGAUACCAAGAAGCAAAGAGACGAAGCUCUUGCUGAAAAUGCCACAUUGCAAGCUGAGAACAAAGACUUGAAAGACUUCAAGGCUCAACUUGAAGAGGAUUUGAAGGCCAAACUUGACCAGAUCGAAGAAUCUAAGAACCAACACGCUAAAGACCAAGAUGAAAUAUCUAAGCUUUGUGAAGAGUUAAAGGAGAACAUAGGCCAGCUCGAAGAGACCAAAGAAAUGCUCACCAACCAACUUAAAGGUAUUUGCAAAGACUUUGACCCAGAUUCUAAAGACCUCACUUUGAACAUGACCAAAGACAAAUGCCAGAAACUCGUGAAAACAUUGGGAGACUUCAAAUACCACCUUGGAGACAUGGACAAACUGAAGAUUGAUAACGUUGACAAUGAGGAUGCUGCUCUCAAGAAAUUUCUGACUAAUUCUUCACUGGCUUCACUCAAAUCUUUAGUUUUUAAUGUUGAUUAUAAAGGAAGUGGUGAUGAAGAAACUGGAGUAGUAAAAGUGAAGUUCUACUUGGACGGAUUGAAGAAGGUGCUUCCUCAAGUAACAAAAGAAGUGUACUUGACUAAGCUCAUAGCUGAUUCUGACGAUCUUAGCCAGAUUGUGAAGUUAUCUUACAAUGCUGAAAGGUUGACUGUUAGGCUUAGUAAAAUAUUAACUUCAAAUUCUCUUGACUUCGCAUCCCCAACUCCAUCAAAGAUCUCAUAUUUAAGUUUCAAGAACUGAGGACGAUAUGAUUGGUCCAACCAAGAAUGGGACAAGCACCCAGACAAAUUCGAAAAGAUUGUCACUGCUAUCAAGAACUCCUCCCUCAAAGACUCCCUCGAAACCCUCAACCUUCGCAAUUGCAAAAUCUCAAUAUCCAAAGCGACCUCCCUGCUAUCCACCCACGGCCUGUCCCACAUCUCCAUCAUCCAAGAAGACAACACCCCAAUUUCCCUCUAAUUUUCAGUUUCCACCACCUAUUUCAA